AUGACCCGUACCAUCAAUAUAUCAAUAACAUCAAACGGCGCGCGACCUGGCCACUGGGCUAUCUUCGUUCCCAGCGCUGAUUCCAGCACUAUGGGCAAAUUCAUCCAUCUUACCGGCAAUCCGGCUACUGGGUUCUUUCUUGAAUUCAAGCGAAACUACGACAUCAAGAACACCGACGGCAAGGACCAUAUCAUUCCACUUGCCGAGGUUGAGGAGCGCGAUACUAUCGCGCGUGACCGUUUGGAGUCUGUCGCCAAUAUCGUUAAGCCACCUCCCCGUAGUCCCAACCCGUUCGACCCCUCGUCCUGGAUUCUCCGCAACGUCCAACAACUUGUGGAUGAGGGCUUAGUUGAUGGAAGUGCCUUCUCAGUGAUCCAAGAAGCUCCAAAGGUACUGUGA